AGAAUGGCAAGUCAGACAGUCUGCUUGUUCUCUGAUGAGGUGGAGCAGGAGCAGAUUCAGAAAAGGACAUUCACCAAUUGGAUUAAUGCUCAACUCGCUAAGAGAUGUCCUCCCUCGUUUGUGUCCGACCUCUUUUCUGACCUCAGAGACGGAUCACAGCUGCUUGACCUGCUAGAGGUGAUGAGUGGUCAGUGUCUGAAAAGACAGAGAGGACAUGGGGUUUUCCAGCAGAGGGCCAACAUUGAGACGGCGCUCACUUUCCUCAAGAAAAAAUCUAUUAAAUUGGUGAACAUAAACAUCCCAGAUAUCAUAGAUGGACGACCGUCCAUCAUCCUCGGACUUGUCUGGACCAUCAUUCUCCACUGUCAUAUUGAAGAGCUGGCCAGCGCUCUGUCCUUCAGCUCUCGUCAUUCCUCCCUCGACUCUCUGACCAGCCUGGACUCCUGGACUCCCGGCAGCCCCGUCCCCGCUAGUCCCGUCCCCACAGGGCGGACGUCACCUCUCCACAGGCGCUUCAGAGUGUCAGCCAAGAAGGCUCUGCUCAUGUGGGUCAGGGACCAAUGCCAAAGGGUCGGCAGCUCUGUCAGUGUGAAGGACUUCAAGUCCAGCUGGAGGAGUGGAGAGGCCUUCUUGGUCAUCCUGUGUUCUCUCAGACCACAGCUCGUUGACCUCUCUCUGGUCCAGUCCAGAAGCAACCAGGAGAACCUUGAGGAAGCUUUUCACUUGGCCGAGAGGGAGCUUCACAUCCCGCCCCUGCUAGAACCUCAGGAUGUUGAUGUCAAAGACCCGGAUGAGAAGUCCAUUAUGACAUAUGUGGCCCAGUUUCUCCAGUACUCCAAUGACAUGCCUGCGCCUGAUGACCAUCUGCAGCUGUUUCCUCUGGAUCAGCCGUUCUGCUUCUCACCUGUGAAUUUACCCGCUCACUUCACUCCAGCAAUGGCUGUCUCGUCAUUACGCCAGGUCCCUUUGAGUGAGCGAGCGCACGAGGUGACUUCCUGGCUGCAGCAGUCCUUUCAGGAACUGUCAGAGUCCUGGACGAGCACAGAGAACUCAGGCUACGCAGAAAAAUAUCAAGUGUUCCAGAAUCAUGCUGGCUCCUUCUCUGAGCAAAGGAGACACGUCAUGAGCCUCCUCUCCAAUGUAAGUCGUCGCCCUGAGCUGAGUCGAGUGCUGCAUGAUCUCAGAGCAGCAUGGGAUCGUAUAGAGGAUGAGUUGCAGCGAUGUAAAGCAGAGCUGGACCUGAUUCUUCCUCCUCCUCUGGACUCAGUGGUGUCGUGGCUGCAGCGUGCAGAGGCAGCACUGACAGAAGGAGGACGGACGGCCAAAGACCAUGCAGACAUCGCUAAAGAAGCCCGAGCACAACAGGAAACCCUUAAGACUUUAAUUGACGAGAUGAGUCAUUAUGUCAAAACCCUUGACAACUACAACAACAUGGACGACUCAGGGAACAUGGAGGUGCCAGCUGAAAAGUUUGAUGAGAUAAAAAGACGUGUUACCCAUAUCAGAGUCACCACCAAAUAUCAUGGGAUCAAGUUGGAAUACCGGGAAUACCGCCACACUGUCCUGAACCUCCUGAAUCGCAUAAACGCCAAGAUUCAGACGUGGAAAAGUCCUUAUAGAACAGAGGAGGACGUGCAUGUACAUCUGCAAGACUGGCAUGAAACAGUGGAGCACCAAGGCCUGAUUCUGAUUCUGAUGGACUCCCUCCAGAACCUGAAGGAGAAGGCUAACGCUUACACCAGCAAGGCAGCGCUAGGUGAAGAUUCCCAGCUUGUUCAGUGUCAGGUGAAAGAGGCUGAAAUGGAGGCUGAGUUGCUCACAGAAGCUGCGACAACAGUGAGAGGAAGGAUGGAGAGAGUAGCGUCUGCGUGGGACACUUACAGCAAGUGUCUCCCUUCACUGCAGACAUGGCUCUCACAGUCAGAAACUCCGUCUCCUGCUGCAGGGACACAGGACAUGAGCGAGUGGACGUCCUGUCACGCUAAGCUAAAUGAGGCCGGGAACUUCCUUAUUGAAGCGACGGAAACUUCAACCAGCCGCAGUCUGGUCGGACAACUCAGCAAGAUCAACAAGUGCUGGGCUGGAUGUGUGAAGAGGACAAAGUUUGAAGUCACAGCAGAGCCCAGUGUUAAUCCACCAGGUCUUCAAAUGGUGCAUUCACUGACCCAGGACGUCACCUGGUUACUGAGACAACCGCUGGACGUGGCCUCUGUUCCUCUCAAUGCGACAAGACAGAAACUACAGCUACUGAGUAAAAAGUUGGCAGAGUUGGAUGCGUCGUCGCUCAGUUUAUCCCCGGAAAUAGAGACUCUCCCAAAGAUGCUGGCAGAGGCAGAGAGGAGCUGCUGGGAGCUGCAGCGAGCUGCGUCCAUGCUCGAGGGCCGCCUCGCUGAGCUGGACCACUGGAGCUCACACGCUCUGGACUGUUACCAGCUGCUGCAGGAGAAAACGCAGAGAAGGCGCUCCGCACUGGACUCCGCAGCCAAAGUGCUGCUCUCUCGAGGUUUGCAGCUGGAGAACCAGGUUGUGACCGACGGACGGGAACUGCAGGACUUUAUUGACCGAGUACGGAAAACUUCUCCUCUGCAGCACCUCAGUGCCUCUGGGCUACAGGACAGAGUCUCGGAGGCCAUCUCCAACUGUCAGGAGAUUCUUGGAUUGUUUACUUCCCUUGGGUUUGACGACUCAGUCCGUCAGACUCAAAGACAACGAGAGACCGGGUUUUUUGUUGUGGCCAGAACCAAACAUGCAAACUGGACUGAGAAUAUUAAGGUGCAGAACCAGGACCCAAGUCAAAUUUCUCCUGUGUAUCUAUCUCAUAUGUCUCAACAAAGCACAAGACAUCCAGUGAACAGGAACGCACAAGAUGAAACCACCAUUGUUGUUCCUACUGUUGAAAUCCAAAUGCUGCCUCAGCCUUUCCGGGAACCAGUGCCUCAUUUUCACUUUUCUGAAUCUAAACCAGUGAUGCAGCUUCAGUUACGUCCCGAAACCCACAAUCAGACUGCUGCUGCUGCUGCUUCUGGACUAACAUUUCAAAAAAGCACAGUUCUCCAGUCUGAGAGUCAAAAAUCGAAAUCCAUCAACAGAGGCUCUCAGUCUCCACAGCCACUGGUGAUGGUCCACAGUGAAGUUCAUCUAAAGGCCCAGUCGAUGGCGAGGAGCCGAAUGGAGAGGGCCAGAGUUCGUCUGCAGGAGCACAUCCAACAGUCCAUCAAGUUAUUCAGCAGCAGGGAGAUUUCAGAGUCACAAGCCAAGAGGAAAAAGUGGGCUUUAAAGAUUCUGCAGCCCGUCGUUCUCGAGGAGUUCCUGGACGCGGCGGAAGGUUUUGGCGCCUUCUGCUCUGAGCCGCAGCUCCAGGACGUGAGGCUCCAGUCUGAAACAGUCAGAAAGCAGUGGGAGGACGUACGCAGAGAAAUGGCUGCCUUUGUUUCCGUCUUAUGGUCUAAGAUCAGAGAAGGAGAGCAGUCAUUUUCUGUACUAACGUGUACUAACGCUCUCCACGACACUACUGACCACACUGACCACACUGACCACGACUGUUUCCGGCAGCAGCAGCAGCAGCAGGCCGUCGUGGACGGAGCUGCUUCUGCAGGAGAACGGGUGGAAGGUCUCAGAGCGCUGCGUGAGACAGUGACACAGAGUAGAUCAUCAUGCCUGGCAGCAGAUCAGCCGAUGGAGACACACGGAGCACAAGAAAGACGUCCCACUGACACAGUUCUCUCAGCCUAUAACAGGGAACAGCAAGCAGACCUGACACCUGUGGCCGUCUCGGUGCCACACUGUGGUGAAACUCUGCCACUGCGAUCUCCGUACGUCACGACGGAAACACGGGAAAGAGUCAAAGAGCAGCUGCUGAAAGUUCACCUACGUCACAGGACAGAGAGGAACGAGCGAGUCCAACGUCAAGUACAGACGGUCGUCAGCGGCGACACUGUGGAGGCCGAGCAGGCGGAGGCAGAGUGGACCGGCGCCCCGGAGACGGAGACGGUCGUCGCACAACAGGAAGAUAAUUCGUCUGAACAGGAAGUGCUGGAAAGGAUGACGUAUGUGGAGAAGACAGCUGACCUGAUGGAGUCUACGGAUCAUCAGACGUCACUGGUGUCGCAAAAACUGGACAAACUCAUCACGCGGUCCGUGGACGUCUCCUCCUUCAGAUUUGCUGACCCGAAUCUGGAGUCCGACUUAAAGGAGAUGAACGAGAGGCUGAGGAAACCGUUGAAGCAAAGCAGCCAAGAGGAAACACAACAUCCAGAAACCACAUCCCUCCACCAGACUCCCUGCAGCAGUGUUGGUGAUCUCCAAAUAUUCCAACAGCAGCUGGGGAAUGUUGAGUUUGCUGCCCAGGCUGUGGAUCACUUCGUCUUAGCUGCUCUGAGUGAAGGCAAGGCACAGAUCCCAGCAGCCUUCCUGGCAAAGCCGAACACAAACAGGCAGCAAAACGUGGCAGAGCAGGAGCUGGAGAGACUUUCUUGGCAGAGACCGAUGCAGCACAGUUUGCAGACUGAACAAUCUGAUGUUGCUGACGGGGAUUUAAAAGCAGCGGGGACGAUUCUGACCACAACUGUGACGCACCAGGAAGUGGUUACAUCAUUGCCAAGGAGCACGGUGGAUGUGGAGGAGGCCAAACACCAGGAGAGCAGUGAGGAGUUUAGUCCUGUGAAGAUGCGUGUGACGGAGACACAUCCGGAGCAGGAGCAUCCACCUCCACGUGAGGGGGAGCAGGAGUCAAGGUUGGAGGCUGAAGUGGGUGCAGAGGUAGAGACACAGAGAGAGGAGGAGGAGGAGGAGCAGAAUGUUGAAGGACACGUGGAGGGUCAGAGGAGGAGAGGGAGCUGCGUUAAGAGAGAAGGAGAAGAGAAGCAGAGUUUUGUCCAGAGGAGAGCUGCCUUCUUAGAAGCACUGAGGGACAUAAGGAGAGCAGCUGAGCAUGUGAGGCUGCACGAGGCCACGCUGCCCGCUCUGCAGCUGAGGAAACGUGCUCUGACAGAGCUGGACAGUCGCCUCGCCGGCCUCCUCUCUGAGCUGCAUCACGCACAACAUUCUCCUCAGAGCAGCGAAGUCAAGGACGUCUGGGACGAGACGACAAGAGCUGUGACUGAACGGUAA